AGAAGAAGAAGAAAAAUUGGCGGCAAAAUUUUGUUAGAUUGUUUAUUUGGUAUUUAAGUUUUGGCCACUAGUUCCAUGGCAUCACUGUUCGGAGAUGAUGGUGUGGAUGACCUAUUCAAUGACAACAUUCCGACGGACCCGGAUCAGCUGCCCAGCGAUGGCGAAGGCGAAAAGCUGUUUGCGGACGACGAGGACAACGGCGAAGAACCUGGUAGCCAGGAUGGUCAGAUAGUGGAGCCUAAGAAGCGAGCUGUACGAAAUCCCCGACCGCGACUCACUGUGGAAACACUUCGAGGUCCUCGUGGCAUCCAGACCAUCGAAGAUUAUUUUAAGGAUAUCAAAUUCAAGGGCAAGGGUUACGAGAAAACCGAUCUCGACGAGGUGCUCCGCCGCCUGCAACACUGGGGCCAUCGUAUGUAUCCCACUUACACCUUUGACGAUGUGCUUAACAAUAUCGAACGGCUGGGCAAGAAGAAACCCCUCCAAGUGCACAUGGCGCGAUAUCGACUCGGGCAGCUGGAGCAGAUGCGCGCCCACGAAGUGGAAGCUCUGGAGGAGGCGCAAGAUGAGCAACAGGAAGGUGCCGGCGAGGAACCCUUUGAUGAGUUCGACGCCCUGCUAGGUGAACAGAUUGCCAUGUCCAGACUGGCGCCUCGCAGCCCGCACCAAAGGAAAACGCCCACUGCUUCCAGUAACAGCACGCUGGUUACUCCCUCAUUCUCCCGCGGCAAUGCUGUGAUGUCCACGCCGUACUCCGGUGUGAAUGCGACCUUCGACGGAACUGGAGCUCCUGUGGCUCCGGCCUUCGAUCGAAAUGGAGCUCCGUUGGCAUCGAUGGACAUCAGCGACUAUGGUCAGCCGCUGCCUCCCUCACAGCCUCCCACACCGGCGGCAAAGAAAUUAUCCAACGAACAGAUGGCCAGAAUUGCGGAAAACCGCAGACUGGCGCAGGAGCGACUUAAGGCCAAGCAGCAGCAGGAGAACGCAAGUAAAAGAUAGUGUAUGGCGAACUAUUUAUGAUAUAAGAACGCAUAUUUUUAAAAGGAUAAUUUAUAAAAAUAAAUGAAUAAGCUACCUUGAAAGUUAAGCGACGGUACAUAAUUUCUAAA